AGCACAGAGUGACGUGAUUUCACGCCCGGCCGUAGCACGUGUACGGGGCGCGUUCACGUGGCGGGGACGCGCGGACACGAGGGCGAGCGCUGGUGAAGAAUGUGAGCGGUGUUUCUGCGGCUCUGCACAGCCAUGGAGCUGGAGGUGGAAUCUGCCGAUGUGAUCCGGCUGAUCAUGCAGUACCUGAAGGAGAACAAUCUGCCGCGCACACUGGCCACGCUGCAGGAGGAGAGUACGGUGGCUCUGAACACGGUGGACAGCAUCGAGAGCUUCACGGAGGACGUGAACAGCGGGCGGUGGGACGCGGUGCUGAGAGCCAUCCAACACCUCAAACUACCUGACAAGCUGCUCAUCGACCUGUACGAACAGGUGGUCCUGGAGCUGAUGGAGCUGAAGGAACUGGGAGCUGCUGGUUGUUUACUGACUCAGACGGACCCCAUGAUCAUGCUGAAACACACUCAGCCUGAGCGAUACACCAAGCUGGAGGCUCUGCUCUCUAACAAGUUCGACCCCAGCGAGGUUUACCCAGAAGGCAGCAGUAAAGAGAAGCGCAGGUUGGCUAUAGCUCAGGCGCUGGUUGAAGAGGUCAGCGUGGUUCCUCCCUCACGCCUCAUGGCUCUGCUCGGACAGGGUCGUUUAUGCGAGAGCGCUCUGUACAGGUUACAGGAGACCAAAGCGCUGAGGCAGUUCGGAUCAUUGGCCAUGUUGUCUCUGAAGUGGCAGCAGCACCAAGGUCUCCUGCCCCCUGGGAUGUCCAUCGACCUGUUCCGGGGCAAAACCAUGAUGAAGGACCUGGAGGAAGAGCGCUUCCCCACCCAGCUCAGCCACCUCCUGAAGUUUGGUCCGAAGUCCCAUGUGGAGUGUGCCCGGUUCACUCUGGAUGGUCAGUAUCUGAUUACAGGGUCAGUGGAUGGAUUUAUCGAGGUUUGGGAUUUCACCACUGGGAAAAUCUGCAAGGAUUUAAAGUACCAAGCUCAGGAUAAUUUUAUGAUGAUGGAUGAGGCAGUGCUCUGCCUGGCAGUGAGUCACGACAGUGAGAUGGUGGUGUCCGGGUCUCAGGAUGGGAAAAUACAGCUCUGGAGGAUUCGGAACGGUCAGUGUCUACGCAAAUUCGAGCGCGCCCACGGGAAAGCCGUCACCUGCCUGUGCUUCAGCAGAGACAGCAGUCAGCUCCUCAGCGGCUCCUUCGAUCAGAUCAUCAGACUUCAUGGGCUGAAAUCAGGAAAGAUGCUGAAGGAGUUCCAAGGUCACACGUCCUGCAUAAACGACGUCAUCUACUCACACAAUGGCCAGUUUGCCAUUAGCGCCUCAGCAGAUGGCACGGUGAAGAUCUGGAACGUGAACACGGCAGAAUGCACCAUCACCAUCAAAACUCCUGACGUUCCAGAAGGAUCUGACAUCACAGUGAACAAUGUUGUUCUGGUGCCCAAGAACCCGGAGCACUUUGUGGUGUGUAACAGGACCAGCACAGUGGUGGUCAUGAACGUCCAGGGCCAGGUACUGAGGAGUUUUAGCUCGGGAGUGAGGGAGGGAGGAGACUUUGUGUGUUGUACCUUGUCUCCUCGUGGAGAAUGGAUCUACUGCGUGGGAGAAGAUUACGUGCUUUACUCCUUCAGCACCAUCACCGGAAAGCUGGAGAGAACUCUGACGGUGCACGAGAAAGACGUGAUCGGCAUAACCCACCAUCCUCAUCAGAACCUGAUCGCCACCUACAGCGAGGAUGGACUGCUGAAGCUCUGGAAACCGUGAAGGUCACGCCAACGAGCAUCGUGAAAUGAACUCUACAGUCAUCAUUCGUGCUGAAACCGUGAUCCAUCUGUACAUGGAGAUGUUUGGAGUCAUGCGUCGGUUUUCAGGUUUGAAAGUCUUCCAUUCCAGAGACGAUGAGUUUCACUACAAACUUAAUCUUCACUUGUAACGUGUCUCAUCGCGUCCCUGUAACAUACAAAAUCCGGAGAACUCUUUUAAAUGUCGUAGGAAAAAUAUGGAAAUACUAAACACUCUCAGUGGUUCUUUUCUGAUUUGCAUGAAAGUGAACUUGAACUGCAAUCAUUUUCCUGUGAAAUUCGGGUGCCACUAUCAAUCGAUCUCUUCCCCCAAAAGAAAGAAGGGUUAGAUACCCUUCCAGUAAGAUGGUAUUUAUCCUUUCCUUUUGUUUUAAACCUGUUGCUCUGCUGUAUAAACACUGCACAAUCGUAUCCAUGUGCUGUUUGUGACAUGCUGUGACAUUCUGUAGUGUUUAUGAUGUCAGUAUCUGCAUGCCAACAGUAUCUCUAUCUCUAUAAACCUUGAGUUAACACGAGCACUCACUGACCGUAGUGACACUUCCUUCUUCAAGUCCGGGUGAAGCUGCAUCGGUAUAUUAAACGCAAUAUUUCAGAAGCAAGAUGGUUUUUAACCAGCGACAUCGAUGUAGCUAAUGACAGGCAUCAGGCUGCUUCCACACUGAGGGAUUUGGUUCAAUUUGAAAAGAGAGACUUGACCUUCUGACCAAUCAGAGUCAAGGUAAGGGCAAACAAAUAUAAACACUGAGGAGAGAUUUCUGGUCUUGUUAGCGAGCGAAUAUAAAGAGAUGGAAUGCUGUGACUGCAUGUAGAGAGGGCAGUGAAAUAAAACAGCACUUUUUCCUUUCACAGAUCAGUCGCCAGCAUAGAAACCGCAGUGUUAGAUCUGACUCUUCACUGAUUUCCGUCAAAUCCUUCUUCCUUUGCGUAUGAAAGCCGUGUUUCUGACUGAAACUUUACGCUAAUGAAUGUAUUAAACUGACGUUGACUUCUACGUAGCUAAGUGCAACAAGUAGAGAUUUUUCACAUUUGAGAACUCAAAAUAUUCUUUGUUUACUGUAACAAAGCGCUUGAGUCAAGAAAAAAUAGUCUUAAUGUGAGAUGGGAGUGGUGAAUGACAAGGGGGCGGGGCUUCCAGAAGAGAGUUCAAAACUGUCAAUCAUUCCAGAUUCUCAUGGCGAUUGGCUCGUCUGCUGUUUUCACUUGAAGACCCUGUUUAGAGUUUGUGAGUGAUAACAGGCGAGGUUUCGUCUCUCUGCUGUGACUCCCACUGAUUAACAUUCAGUCAGGUUUCUCUUCAUUUUCUGCCUCAGAGUUUACAGAGACGUCAAACUUACAGCUUCCUCCUCCUCACCCGUUUCACCAACCUGCAAAAUGUGAUGAAGCUCAUCGAGACAGCAAGCUAGGCUAGUUUUAGUUAGCCCGAUAGUAAGAGAUCGUUGUCAUGGUUACAGCCGCAUUUUUCUCCCUUCUCUUGUUAAAAAAUGGCGAGUGUGAGGGCAGUGAUGGAGAGCAGGAGUGUAACACGAGCACUGGUCUGGACACGAGGUUAAAUGUUUCAGGUGUGAAGGAUUGGUGUGUUUUAACACUUAUAUGACAAAUAACACAGGUUCUUCAACAAAAUAUACAUAUAGUGUAUGUAUGUGUGUGUGUGUGUCUGUGUGAGAGAGAGACAGAGAUGUGUGUAUCUGGUUAAUAUUUAUUUAUCUCAAACACUGUCGGAAUGUUCUGGGUUUCGUCUGUGGACAGUGGGUUCAGGUGAUUUUACUAUGUAAACGCAUGAAGUGUUGGUAAAAUGCAGCAAAUUUUCUUCCUGCUCUGGAUGUGAACGACACUUUCCACUUAACCCCACUGCAUCAUCCCGCUUGGUACAACUCCGUGUUCUUCAUUCCCUUCUUAUUUUUAUGGCCUACUGCAUACUUUUGAUGGAUGAAAUAAAUCUCACUGCAUGUUACGCACAACUCGACCUGUCCUGUUUUUAUCUGGUUACGAUCCGAAUUUCUCAGCUCCAGCUGUACUCUUUUUAUAUUUCUGUUUAUUCUCUAGAACUGAUCAGAUCUCAUUGUUCUGUGACCUCUGUAGAGGUACUAAUAAACGCCCAGUCCUCAGAGGGGAGGUGUUACAAAGAGAUAAAUAACCAGAUGUUUUUUCUUUUAUUGGAAUAAAAUGAAGUUAUAAUCUAAGGCAUUUACACCAGUGUAUCUCUGUAUCUUUCUCUCUGUCCCCCCCCCUCUCUUUAUCUUUCU